AGUAGCAGCAGCAGCAACGCAAGACGAGAAAGGAAGCUCUGAAAUCUCCCAAGUCUCACUCUCGACGUUUCUCCGCAGAUAUCGUUUCUCACCCGGGCGGACAGAGCAGCGAUAAGUUGACCGCAGUCAUGUACUUGAAGGUGUUUUUCGUCGCCGUGGCUUUGGCUUUGGUUGGCGCUUCAGCCUCGACAGACUCAGAUGAAUGUUCCAGCCUUACUUGUGACAAAUGUGUUACCACCAAUGGCUGCCAGUGGGCUAACUGCACAGAAACAGCGUUUUCCUGUCUCAGUUCGGCCCUUCUUGCUAACGGGACCUGCACCAACGCUAGCUGCUCAGCUCCCUCUGCUUCUACGACUGUUGCCCCCUCCCACUCUACAACCCUUCCCCAUGUUGCCACCACCACCGCCUCUAACAGCAGCAGCCCUCAGCCCACAGACAAUACAAACGUUACAACAGUUAACCCGACUCACAGCGGUAACACCUCCACCGCUACGACUGCAUCCACUGCUUCAACUGGAACUAGUACAACUACCACACCGAUUGUCCCCACUCCCGCACAUCACAAGAACUCAACCUUUGACGCUGCGAGCUUCAUCGGUGGAAUAGUGCUAGUCCUGGGCCUGCAGGCCGUCAUUUUCUUUUUGUACAAGUUCUGCAAGUCCAAGGACCGCAACUACCACACCCUUUGAAGCGGCUGCGCUUUUGGAUCCCUCAUUCACUCAACUGACCAACCAGAACCUUUCCGAGAAGACUCUCCAAUCAGCACACACUCAUCACGACGGACUCAAACAGUGUUUUCAAGCAGGUUUUCUAGCUUUUUGAUGUUUGCGCCACUUGUGGAUUUCAGCCUGCGUUAACGCUGCCAUUGCUGUCUGUACCAAGACACCCACGCAUGCCUGUGUGUAUGAUAUUGCACCAGCUAGUAUAACUGAACAGAUUUCCUGUGAUAUGGCAGUUAAGCUUUGAGCAUAUGGAUCACAUCAUCUGGUAGCUACUCCCACCUGCAUCACACCUUUAGUCACUCUACAAAGACGGGUUUGUGUUAUUUACAGCCCCUCUCCUCAUGGCGUCUUAAGUGAAAUACACCACAUGUGAGUUAAAAGAAUUAGUCAUGUAUACAGAGUAGCUUCCCUGUUGAUGUUUGGGAGUAGUGCAGCUACAGAGUGGCAGAACUAACAGCUUUUUUUUCUUUUUCUUUUUCUUUUUUGUCUUGAUUUGGAAAACACUGUUUGAGUUCACAGCUAUUCUGAAACGUGACGACUGCGAUGAUUCAGUGUUGCUUUUAGCCUGUUGAAUCGUGGGCAGGUUCCCUCUUCCCCAUGCAGCUGUAUCAUGUGUGUGUGUGUUCAUAGAGGAUGUGAAAGAGGUGGCGUUACUUAACGAGGGAAUAAAAGCAACACCCAAUCAUCUGAUGUCAGACUGAAAAAUAGCAGCGAUCCUUUUAUUAGGAGACUCCCUUUGCAUUUAGGAGUGUUGUGCAUUUUCUGCUGUUGACUUCCCAGGGAAAAGGGGGGUCUUUCACCCAAUAACAGUCGCUAAAAAAUGUCUAACACCGACUGCCAAUAGAGCAGCUCAAUGCAAUAAUUCAUGUAUCAACUUCAUUUCAUAUCCUUCAAUGUCCCAACUGUCAUUUCUGACCUUCACAGACAUCAAAUCUUUCCCAUUCGAGUCGCUAGCGUUGAGCUGGUGCUUCGGUCCCAUUUCAGUGGAGUAGUCAAACAAGGCCUGCGGGUCACAAUGAAAGAUUGUAGUAUAUUUCAGGAAGAUUAAUAAUUAAUUUGUUUAAAUAAUGUAUAAAAUAGAGAAUGGGGAGAUAAAGAAAAUGGCAUGCACCUUUCUUGAUGUGGACAGUGAUAGCGGUAAAGUGCCUUUAAUGUCCAGUAUGACUUAAAGUGAGACAUGGAAGUGGUUUUUUGUUCUUCUUGGUUGAGGCUCAAGUGUUGUGAUUAGUUUUAUGUUCGUUGAAAGAAACGGUAUCGCGGUGCUGAUAUUGGUGAGAGCCGUAAUAUCCCAGCUGGACUGAAGAGCCUUUGUUGUUGAAGAAUACAGUAAAUAGUUACAGUAGAUAGUAACUCGAGGGCCUUGAUCAAUCGAGAUGUGUUAUUGAUAUUGAACAUCUAAUUGAAGUUUUCCCCUAAAAGUAGAGGACUGUUUUGGAUGCAUGAAACCUAUGGUCUUCUCACUAGUGACAUAGUGUAAUUGAAUAACUUAAAGGUACUCUCCCAUAUGUUGCACUUAACACUGCCCCCCAAAAAUUCCUCCCGCCUCACUAUUUAUGUUUCAGAACUCAAGUUGUAAAUUGUGUUGAUUUUAAACACACAAACAAUGAUUUGGCAGGAAAUUUUGGCACGCUGUUAGUUGCUGUGAAUCUGGGAGUGUAGCUUUAACAAAAAGGCUUAAUUCGAAGACUUAAGUUUUGGAGAGUUUAGAGGU